AUGGUACGCCCUCAGCUUGAUUUAAAUCCUUUUAAGGAUGUGAUUACUGCUCUUUUCCAUCAGCAAAAGACUGUCGAUACUAUCUGUCACGAGCUUACCCAGACCCUCGCACGGCGCCUACAGAAUGGGGUCUACACCGUCUAUCCCCAAAGACGGUCGACAGUGAGGCCUUAUGCCAGCGUAUUCAGUCACUUGUUCGCGAUAAUCUCUCUGAUGCAGAGAUACUACGAAGUCUACAUAACGAGGGGUUCCAAAUCGCCCAUGAUACUCCAAAAAAAGCGACGACAACAGCUUCGUCUUCCUCGUCGUACGGAUAAUCCUGAGGCCCUUAGGAUACAAGAAGCACAUAUGCAAUUAGCGAUCAGGCAGGAGAUUCAUAAUGGAAAGAUCGAAGGGUACAGUAGAGGCCUUCUCCAUACCCAUAUCCGUCAAAUGGGCCAUCUCCUCCCUCGGAACGCCCAGAUGCUCUUCGCCGCAGAACGCUUGAUCUUCAGCGGCAGCGCUAGGGGUAUCAUUCACCUGGUCCAAACUAUGUUUGGCAUAUAG